UUCACGAAAUACAACCAUGACAAGUAGAUUUACACGCAUAUACUGUAUAUAUACGCGUCGAAUACUGCUGAUACAUCAGAAGCUCAAGAUCAAAGCAAUUAUAUACUUAAAAAAAUUCAAGAGACUUAGCUAUCAUAUCAAGCUGCUUUGUUUAUUUGAUUCAAUUAUUGUUAUAUAAGUGAAUGGGUCAAUGCGCAUCAUCGCGUAGAAAAAUUCACCGCAAAGAGUUCAGUGAUGGUGGAGGAUCUGUGGAUUCACAAAGGCAUGGAUGCUUUGCUAUGGUAAAGGAGCAGAAGUCCAGAUUCUAUAUUGUUAGAAGAUGUAUAAUGAUGCUUAUUUGUUGGCAUAAAUAUGAUCAUGAAUAUUGAGAUUCUUGUAAUCAUUAAUAAUCUUCUUUCUGUUUCUUUCAUUUUAGUUUUGAUCUAUUGAAGUUGGUAACUGUAGAAGCCA